AUGAACCUUGCCAGUUUGAAUGCACAAGCCGUGCGCCUCUUGCAACGAGGACGUCCUGAUGAAGCCGUAUCCCUUUUAUUGGAAGGGUUUGAAAGACUCGACGUCCUGAACACAGAUGUUCCGGAUGAAACAACAGCAUCGGAUGUUGCUUCUACGUUUUCGACAGUGUCUGCUGAUGGUACCUCUAGUGGCUUGGUUUCAUCGGGCAAGAUACCGCCAUCAUCCACAGCAACAGCAGACAACAAUGCCGAUCAAUGCAGUCAAUACUCCAUCAAGCACGUCGCAUCCAGAGCCGCGAGUGAACCGUCCAGUCGUAGGUAUCAAGCAGCAGCCAGUCGGGCUGCAGAAGCUCGCCUAAGACAAAGUCGAUCUUUGGAUGAACCUCUCCUGCAAACUGUCGAUUCUGAUGUAUCGGAUAUCUCUGCGGCAACUGCGUUAUCAGCCAUUGACUUUGUACAAAGUGAGAACCAGUCCGAAGUGGAAUCUGUAGAGAUGUCACUGUCACUCCAAGAUGAACAGAGGGCAGCUGAAGAGGACAUUGCCAUGCUCCUGUAUAACAUGGCCGUGGCACAUCACAACUAUGCCCUUUACCGCCGAGAUCCCGUAGCAGCACACGGGGAAUUCCGCACCGCUUUGGUGUUUUAUGACAUGGCCUUUUCCAUGAUUCAGGAAUCAUUGGCGACCGAAGAGGAUGACGAAGACUUUUUGUUGCUCUUGUUGGCCGUAUUGAAUAAUCUGGGCCAUAUUCACGCUCACCGCUACAAUUAUUUGGAAACGCAAGAGAUGUUGUCAUCUCUGCAAGAGAUACUGGCCGCCAUUCGACCUGCAUCGGGUGAAGCAUCCAUUAUGGAUUGCAGCCGUAACAACCGAGAGGAUUUUCUCUUCUUUUACAAAAAUCUGGUCGUCUAUCAAGAGCAAGAGUUUGCGGCAGCUCCUGCCGCUUGA